CCUCCACACACACUCAGCACUGAGGCUUCAUCUUCUCCUCACGGGAACGACUGACAACGACUAAAAAAAAAAAAAAAAAAAACGACAAUUCGCUGUUUGGAGGAGCGCGUGCACACAAACAACAACAACAACAAUAAGAACAACAAUAACAAAAGUAGCGGUUGAGGACGAAAGAGGAAAGAGGAGGAAAGUCAGUAAGUUUGUGCUCUAAAAGAGCCCACAGUGGAUGCUGGGAGUUUUAUUGAAAAAAAAAAAAAGUCCGUCGGAAGAUAUUUCUGUGUAAAAUAGGACUUCUUGAGUGCUUUCUCGCGGAGAGCCUGUGAGAGCCUGUGAGUUGUGUGUGUGUGUGUUCAACAAGCGGGCUACAGACACCAUGGUGCGGGACCGCGGCUCGUGCUCGGCGGCAGCCCUCCUCAGCGCUCUCCUCCUCCUCAUCCUCACAGCGCGAGGCUUACUGGCUCAGAAGGUGAAGGUAGAGCCGGAAGUGGUGUCCUAUCCGGGUCAGACGGUGAUUCUGCGCUGUCAGUUUCCUGACCCAGGCCAGACCCAGCUCACUCAGGUGUCUUGGAUUUUAGAAACGAGCGCUGGCACUCGGACCAACAUUGCAGUAUUUCAUCCACUGUACGGGGUCAAUUACCCAACGCCAUCCCCAGUGCAGGGGCGUGUGAGUUUCACGAUGGAUUCCCCCUCUCUGGAAAAUCCAACUAUUCAGAUCACAGACAUUGCUCUGACAGAUGAGGGGAGGUACAUCUGCGAGUACGCUGCGUACCCCACCGGAAACGAAAAGGGGGUAACCUCCCUCAUCAUACUAGCCAAGCCCAAGAACUCAGCCUCCACAAUCACCGUGCCUGCUGGCACCUCUCCUGUCGCCGUAGCGCGCUGCGAGUCAGCCAACGGACGGCCACCCGCAACCAUCUCCUGGAUCACUUCUGUUAAUGGCAACGGGUCAGCACUGGUCAAAACGGACAACUCGGACAACACAGUGACGGUGCGCAGCGAGUACUUUCUAAAGCCCACGCCAGACGAUAAUGGCAAGGACAUCAGCUGCGUGGUGACACAUCGCACACUGGACAAACCUGAGAGCUUCCCCAUGAAACUGGUGGUCCAAUAUCCUCCUCAGGUGCAGAUUAUAGGAUAUGACAAUAACUGGUAUAUAGGCCGGACAAAUGUGGUGUUGACCUGCCAGUAUCAGGGGAACCCCAAUCCCCCCACUGUGAACUGGAAAGUGAGCUCAGGCUGGAUGCCGGACUCGGUGGAGGUGGCUCAGAAUAAACUGACUGUACGGAAGGUGGACGACUCUGUAAACACCACGUUCAUCUGCGAGGUGACAAACAGCCUUGGCACCGGCAAGGACCAGGUCACUGUGUUCAUCAGGGAAGCACCCAUGCCUCCCUCCAAUGUGGGUGUGGUAGUGGGCGCAGUCAUCGGCAGCUUCCUGGCCCUCCUAUUGGUCGGUGCCCUCAUUGGCGUCUUGAUAACCCGCAACCGCCGGCAACAGCAGGGUUACCGGGGCAACAGCAAGGGGAACUCCGCCCCCUAUGACUCAGUGGCUCGUCUCUUCGGCUCCUCAGGCAGCAAGAAUGGCACAGGCAAUCACGGCAACAAUAAUGCACCUAUCUACAAGGGGGACGUGGGGCUCUCUGAGAAAUCAGGAAAUAUUGGGCUGCACCAGGGGGGCGUGGCCUUGGUAGAAAACACACCCACAGCGCAGGACAUUCUGCUGAGCGGCGAGCUGGAUGAGGCCGAGCGCAGGAAGUUUGAUGAGCUGGAGGAGGAGGACGAGCGUUAUGACCAGUUCAGCGGCAGUGGGCCGAUCCUGCAGCUCCGCCCACAUGACGAGGACCCCAACUCCGCCUACCUGGACGACGACAUGGAGUCACAGAGAGAUGGCUCUAUCAUCUCCCGGACCGCAGUCUACGUGUGAGAGUGGAAGAAAGGAGAGAUGGAGAGAUGGCGAAAAAGAGAGAGAGAGAGAGAGAACAAAGACUAAAGCGGACCUGCUCCCAAAGGAUUUUUUUCUUUUGGUUUUAAGAUUAUUCAUUUUAUUUCUCAAAUAUUAUUAAAAAAAACACACCAGAGAGACACAGAAAUGGUGGCUGGAUGGAUGGAUUAAUAAAACGAAUACGGGGCAGAUUCAGGAUGGGGGACUGGACAGAGAGCAGAAACAUAAAUAAGAGGUUUAUACAGUACUUCCUAUUUACAGCAAUGGUUGUCAUGGAGACAAUGUCUGAGAGAAACGGAAGACUUUAAAUGUGCACACAUCAUUAUCCAAAACACGCGCACACACACACACACACACACACUCGCUCUCUCAUACUGAAACACAAGAUGAUGUUUGUAUCCACACUGUGCUUUGGUGGAUGUGUGUAAUCAGGGUUUGGUCAGAAUGAUUUAUUUUAUUAUUCUUCUUAUUAUUAUUCUUUUUUCCUUUUAAUUCUGCCGUGGGACUGUGGAGCAAGUCAGAUAAGUCUCUUGCUGUGACCUUGCUUCUCUCUCUUCCUUUCUCUUGCUUUGUCUCUCUGGCCCACUAUAUCCUGUCAGUUAGAUGAUUGGAGGCUGGACUCUGGACAGACUCUCCUGGUGAAGUGUUCUGUUAUAAGCAGUGCUUCUCAAAUGAUUGGACACACAUCAAAGUCUUCAUUUUGCCCACUGCACUUAGGUGCAUUAGAUGAAGGAAAGCAGCAAUUAAGGCUCUACUCAACAAAUGGCUGUUUUAAAACAUCAUAAGGGUUUUUGAUACAUGGUUUGAAUGAUAAUAUCAGAUGAGUGUGCUAAGUCUUUUGUGCCCUUAUUAAAUUGAUCAAAGCAUCAUCAUAAAUUUAUCAGCCUUUAAGACCCUUUAUCACAGUUUGGGAUAUCGCCAUAUUGUAUCAAAGAGACGGUUUGCACUGUCUGCUUUGUUUUCAACCUUCCUCGUCUACUAAAAAGGAUUCAGUCUUUUCAGAAGGAUGAAUGUGAUAUACUGAUUCAAAAUUGUCCCAAAUGAGGAACCUUAUAAUAAAUCUAAGUAAGUCGUAAGGACAAGGAGCACACAAAAUGCCCAAAAAUGCUGCCUCUUCCUGAACGGAACACAGAGGUACUGAUAUUUUGAAAGCGUUGUGUGUGUUAAAAAUAGAGAUUAAAUCAUUGGGCCGAUUAUCUGCACAUGCCUAAUUGAGACAAAUCACAUUGCAUAUCUUGCUAAUUGCAGUCUAUUAAUCACAAUUUUACUUGAAAAUAAUUGUUUAUAUUUUGGCAUUGUGUAUCUGUACUGUCAGACAUCCAGCCUCCACUAAAUAGUCCUCUUAACGUGUGAAUUGCGGAUCAUAUGUUUAACUGGUCGUUUCUGUGAGACCACAUUUCCUGUUCCUGAUCACUGUCUAAAUCUCUCUCUUAAUUAGUCCCAAGUGAUUCACUUUUAGUGAUUCUCUCUGAUUCAUUCCAUUUAUAGCGCCACACAGCUCAAGUGCUUAUCAUUAAUCACGACCAGCAAGUCAUUUGGUGUUUGCCUUAUUUAGGAAUGACUAAUUGACCCCUAAAUCAAAGAAUGAAAGGAUGGACAAAUGAACUUCCUCUGGAAGAGCCAUCUGACGCACAUGAGCUGGUAGAACUGCUUCCUCACCAGCCAAGGAUCCAACUCUAAUAAACUCGAUGCACAUAAAGCCUUGACCUUCCAUCUGUGUGCAUGGAGAAGCUGUAAUUAAUUCAGAAAAUAAUCAUUACUGCUACAUUGAGCUCUAAUCUCUAAUUGUACAAAGCUAAUUAAUCAACUCCAUAUUUAUAAAUGCACACAUCCUAAUUGGUUGCCAUGGCCGCACAGUUAAAUAUAUCUCUUCUCUCACAGUUGGGUUUUUGUAUUCCUUUCUUCUAAUCCGUUCUUUUCAUUUAUCACUUUUUUUGUCACUCGGGCUGAAGGCGGGCGCUAUUCAUAGAGAGAGGGGGAGAGAUAAAGUGUGAUGAAAUUAAUCAUUGAGAGAGAGUGAUCGUGUGUGUGUGUGUGUGUGUGUGUGUGUGUGUGUGUGUGUGUAUAUAUAUAUAUAUUUUGGUGUAAGGUGUCCACAACAUAUGUACACAAUUUAUUUUUCUUAACUGAAGAUGUUGUGAUAAAUGUCCGAACAUCUAUUGUAAAUAGGAAAAUAAAUGGACCACUGCUUAUUAGGUGUUUUACUCACAGAUCCGCCUAAAGUGCAUGGCAUUAAAUGUCAUCACAACACAAAUUUUUUAAAAUCCAUCUGUUCAAGAGCUAUAUCAAUGGGAGGUGUAUUCACACACACUCUAGUAUACUGUAGACACCUAUUUUUAGAGAGCGGUGAAGUCUCACCCGCCUAUAGAGACCUAUUUUAGUGAGUGAUGCAGCCUUGUUCACACACAUAUAGAGAGCCAACUGUCCACCUGAUUGUGUGUGUGUGUGAGAGAGUGUGUGUACAUGCGUGAGUCAGCAUGGUAAACUGUGUCUGACUUGAGAGUAGUAAUUUCCUCCAGGGUCUUGGACCCACACACACACACAGCAUAAUUUAAACUGGGCAUCACACAUACACAUUCCUGUAAAUUAUCGUCAACUCUGCUGCCCUUGAAUCUAUAAUAGCGUCCCUCACUGAGUGAGAGCAAGGCAUGCUGGGUAAAGUAGUUUGCGAGUUGGAGCAUCAUUCCACAGCAGGAUCAGGUUGAGUUCACUCAUCAUGAGGCUGCAUGUCAGCGCUGCUAAAGGGAAUCGGUGCUCUGCCGCUGAGGGCUUUAGCGUGCCCGCUGAUAAUUAGCAGAGAACACAUCGACCUUGCGGUGCUCAAGCUCCUCAAGAACCGGAGCAGCUAAGGACAGCACACUCAGAGAAUAUUAAGGAAGAGGUGUAACCUCUGUGCUAGGAGUCUGCGAAGAAAGUCAAGGUUCUUAGCUCAUCAGUUUCAUUUCCACAGCUCUUGAUCCCUUCGUCCUUCAUGCCGUCGUUGUCCACUUUCUGUUUUAAACCUGUGAUUAGAAUCGAAGCCUUAAAUGUCACCUGACCAAACCUGUCUCUCUGUACAUAGUAUAAAUAUUAUAAAUAUGAACGUGUGAUGAUGAAGAAAAAUAAGAUUGAUAAUUGAUGUCACGUUUUUGUGUAUAUAUACAUAUACAUACGGGAAGCAUGAAGGACCUUUUAUUUCUUCAGUUUUGACUGACUUGAUUUAACAGCUUUUAAUUUGUUUUAAACCAUCUUGUCGGUGCUCGAUCAGUGCUUUAUUGUUGCAUUUUGAAUUUAUGUGCUAUGAUGCUUAUAAUAAUUCAUGAUUCUGCUGUGCCCUGUUGGCAAACAUUUUCUGACACUUUACCAACUUCACUAAACAAUGUUACAUUUUAAGAUUUAUUUUCCAUUUUAGGGUUGCUAGUCUUUGUAAUGUUUUUUUUUUAAUUUGGUUUGUAAUUAAAGUAUUUUAAAAAGAAUAACAUUGACGUGAAGUUCUUCCCAUCAAGUGUGUUGUGUGCUUCCUUCCUCUCAGCUCCUUGAACCGUAAAACUGCAAGCGUGUGUGUGUGUGUGUGUGUGUGUGUGUGUGUGUGUGUGUGUGUGUGUUUGGCACUAACUGUGUAUCUCCUGUCACAGAUAACCCAAAUAUAAGCGUCUAAAAAUCUAGUGUCUCUAAUGGAUUAUUAAACAAGCCCAUUCAAGCACAGAGUGCGAUUCUGGCAAAAAAUGAGAUUUACAGCAUUUUCCCUAAACGACUGGUAUGUUUGGUAUGUGCAGUUUGUUUUCCUAUUUCUUCCUGGGGCUAAGAGGUGGAUGUUUAUAACAAAUAAGAGGGAAGCUUUUAACUACUAGCUUAGAAUUGUUCAAACAAUUAUCACGAACUUGUCAUAAAUUAUAUCUUAUUAGAUCUUGAAAAGGUUUGUGUAUAUGGUUAAUAUUACUGUUACUUGCACAUUAUUAUAUAUAGAAAUGAAUGAAAGUACAUUGCAUAGAUGAAGCCAGUAGUAAUGUCCAUCUUGAAGCCAGUAUGACUUUCUUCCUCCACACAAACACCAUACUCGGGUAUGAAGGCGGAACUGUCGGAUUUCUUUACAGAGCAACUGCUGAAUGAUGUAUUUUCAUGCGAGUGUAUGAUGAUUUAGACUUACAGUCUUGUGUAAAUUCAUUAGCUAGCCAACUGAGAAAGUAAAAGCUGUAAUGUGCUGCCCAGGUGCCUGGCCACCUAAAUGACUAGGCUAAAAAUAAUAGCUAACAUAAUGUAAUAAAUUAUGUCUAGCUAGUUAUGUGGAUUCAUGCAGGCACAAAUGAGUAUAUAAACUCCUGUACAGUUAUUAUCCUUUUGGAAGGAAGUGUCUGAGGAACCACAUCGUCUUUGCGACAAGUCUUCGGCCAACAUUUGGCUAAGAGCUGUAAACAUAAAACAUGUUAUUCGAGUCUGGCUAGCAGCUUCAUUUUCUCUUGAUAUGCUUAACCGUGUUGUGACUGCAUGGUUUGCUAGCAGGAGAGUUAUGACGUUAUGACGGCUUUACGCUGCACUUGCCUGCUAAUUAAAAACAUUGUUGCAUGUUAUAUUUACAGCAUUGAGAAGCCUACAUCAGUCAGUAGGUUUUUUCUUUUACUGUUUGUUGGAUGAAUGAAGAUAAACACUGCUGCCUGUUGAUCUACUGAACUUGUUCGCAAGGCAACUGUGAAUUGUAUAGUUAAAGGCUCUUAGCUUCCUAAAGCAGUUCCAGUUUGCAAUCCUGUCUGAUAGAGAAAUACUCUGUUGUAGGGUUCUCCAGUGGAUAUAAAAAAGUCUACACAACCCUGUUGUGGUUUUUGUGAUGUGAAAAAUAAACCAAGACAGAUCAUGUCAAAUCUCUUUCUAGCUUUAAUGCGAUGUAUUCAAGUGAAAAACAGGAAAAACAAUGAAGUGAUUCUGAUCACCCCCAAAUAAAGAUCUGCUGUUUCUGUAGGAUUUUCUUGACAUAAUCUAGGUUUCAUCCGACUGCUGAAGCCAUGGUCUGAAAAGAGCUUACAAAGCCUGUAUGAGAUCUUGCUGUCGGAAGGUACUUAUCAGGAGAGGCUUACAAAAAAAUGUCCAUAACAUUAGAUGUAGCAAGGAACACCGUGAAGGUCAUCAUCAACAAGUGGAGAAAAUGGAGCACCACAGGGACAUUACCAAGAACAGGACUCCAAAAACUUAUCAGGGAGGCUGCCAAGAGACCUUCAGCAACAUUGAACUAGCUGCAGGACUAUCUGGCAAGUACUGACAUCCAUCUUUAUUAUUCCUCACAUGUCUGGAUUUGGGGUAGGGUGGCUAGACGGUAGUCUUUUCUCACAAAAACAAAACAUCCAAGCCUGCAUAAAUCACCCCAAACCAUGUACAAAAUAUGAUAACCUGUGAAUUUAACAGGGCUGUGUAUACUUUAUAUAUCCACUUUAAAGAUCUUUUGGUUGAUCUGUUGAUUUUAGGCUUUCAGGUUUGACUUCCCUUGCAUGUGGAUUGUGGUAUACAUCUCAUUCGUGUUCAAACAUCAUGCUAAAAAUCAUUAGAUGUUUAAUGGAUUAGAAAGCAGCUUAAAAUCCCCUGUGUGUGUGUGUGUGUGUGUGUGUGUGUAAUGUGUGCACAUGCAGCCCACUGCACAGAGGAAUGUGGAUUUGUUUGUUUUGGCGUUGGUGUUUGUGGGAGUGAAGCUAUCAGUUAAAGAGAAACAAGCUAAAUCCCUGCAGGACUGAACUCUGCUAUCAAAGGCUGCUUUGUUUAAAUUAGAGAAGUGAUCUGAUGCAAAAUUUCAAGUCUGAAAACUGCUAUGGCAAUGGUGUGUUUUUUUUUUUUUUUUGUCACCCAGAGGCAUUCAGCUGAUUGCAUUUUCUUCAGUCGUACGAAUGCAUUAGCAGGUGACCCUGUUACAACGGUUAAUACAACGACAGACUUUUCUUCCAGAAGUAGCUCUGCCCUACAUUCUGUCCUUUUCCCCCCUCCUCUCUCUCUCUCUCUCUCUCUUUCUCUCUCUCUUUCUCUCUCACUCACUCUCUCGCUCUCUUUUUGGAGUUGAUGGGGUCAGAAUCUUGGCGCGCUUGGCACACUUGUACAUGUCGCUGUCGUUUGGAGUUGGACGUUUUUUUUUUUUCGUGGUCAUUUAGCCAUCUGCCCGCUCUAAUUGCUUUGGAUUGCAACCUGGCGUGAGGACCAGAUGCCUGCCUCUCUCUCCCUCUCCCUCUCUCUCUCUCUCUCUUUCUCUCUCCUCUCUGCUGAAUGUAUUAUUGAUGCGUUUAUUAGUCUAUCAGUUCCUGGAGGACAGCAGUGCACCAGUGGAUAAAACAGGGCUCAGUGUAGUUGAGCAUUUACAGAGCUGUGUAUUUACAGAGUUGUUAGAGUGGGAGGACAAACAGAAUGAGCAAAGGACAGAGUAAUGAUUUGUGGAUGACUAAAACACAAGCAGAGAACACACACACGUAUGCCCACCAGCACACUGCUUUCCUCAGGCCAUUUGUCUGCCGGAAUGCACACAUUUAUUUUAUCCCCUGUGGCUUUUUGGGACAAAAUACAUUGUUUCUGAAGAUGGUCAGUAAUAGGAAGAGCCUAACCGUCACUGGAAAGAGUAUUUGGUGACUGUGUGCUUUGUGACUCAGUAUGAGCACAGGGGUGUGUGUUUAUAGAUCACUCACUAGACAAAAUGCAGAGACAGUGCUGUCUAGUCCACAUGCCCAUUUUUCCCCCCUUGCAUGCUCUACAAAAAAGAGAAUCACGCAGAGCAGAGCUGAUAAAUGCGGGUGUGCCAGUGCAUUUCAGCCCUCCAGCCAUGUCAUACACUCCCAUCAUCCUCUGUGCUAACAGUGGGGUGGACACGCUCGCACAGCAGGGGACUGGUUUAUCCCAGGCUGUUGGCUUGAGAGAUUGGUCUGGUCUUCGAUGUCUCCCGUAGCGACACCUGGGUUAAGACAUUAUCUACAGAUAACAAUGGAAUAGCUGAUCCGUCCCAGUGGGGUUUUUACUGAUCAUAUGUCUGAGCGCAGAAGCAUCAGUAAUGAUGGAGCACAAUACUAUGGAAUCUAAUGCCCUCUGACCCUCUGACAUUUAAGGACAUAAGUGGCUGUGUGCUGUGUGCUGUGUGCUGUGUGUGAGAAGGAAACGAAGAG